AUGGAUGAAGUUCAUGCCACCGCGAAAUGGGCAAACCGUGUACUACGCCCUUUGACCUCUAUCUACCGUCGGCUCGAGAAGCACCAAGAAACACUAGCAAUAAUUGCGGCCGAGUCAAGGGCACAGGAGCAUGACAAAGAAAUCCAGAGCCAAUAUUCGGAGGAAUUUACAAGUACUCGAGAAAACUACUGCGAGUCUGACGCCGACGAGGACGAUCCUGGAUGGAUUCCCGGGAAAAAGCCGGAUCAACGCCGUGUCAAGUACAAAUAUUCUACGCGUGGGGGAAAUAAGACAGGGCGCAGGCGCACAAGAUUCACGGCUCAGAGCCCAGAAGCCACGCGGACCCUACCUGGUGCUAUUGAUUUAGCAACACCGUUGAUCACGGGCAGAAGAUGGGAGUUGCCUUCAAGUGUUCGGUCACAGCUUUCUGUGAAACAACAUCAGAUGACCCAGUCCCGCCGCGGAGACGUGCAAGCGCUUCGUGGUCGGCACUCUUUGCAGAAGGAUCCAUGGCAAGAAGUCCUCAGCCAGUGUGGAGAUGCUGGAUUUACUGACAUCGUACGCAACCUGGACCAUGUGCUUCAAAUGUUCUUUCGCAAAACUCGGGUUAUCAACUAUUGCCCCAGCUCUCAGGUAAACGAACCGGAACAGGGUGCACGAUCUCUUACUUCCAUGACCAUCUCGUGCCCUGCUGUUAAGUUGAAUGAGCCAAAGCAGAAUGCACGAUCUCAGUCUUCUAUCAUCAUCCCGCGCCCAGCUGUUAUGUUAAGCGAACCGGAACGAGGUGCACGGUCUCUUCUAUCUAUGGUCACCCGGCGCUUACCAGAUUACAUCGCAAUUGAACAGGAAGCGCAGGAUGAGAGGGACGAUGAAGAAGAUGAGGAUAUGUGUGACGUGUACUUCACUGAGCUAGAGUCAUUCUAUGCACCCCAUGGUAAGGGAUGGAAACCAUUGCGCGAGGCAGUCCGUGCUCAAGGCAUUCGUCUGGUCUCUGAAAUGAUACGUAACCAGUGGCUGACGGAUCCGAUUACCUAUGCAUUACUUGAUAAACUUCGAUGCUACGAGCAAGAUGCUGUCGAAUCACUGCUCUCAGCAUUUCUGUCAACUUGCACAACUGGCACACUUCCUGUGACUCUUAGGCCCGUUGCCAAAGACUCUCCUACGAUUUCUGUUCGGUUAUUGUAUAAGUAUGUUCACAAAGGCCCAUAUCGUCCGUCUUACGUUUACGAUGAACUUUCUAAACUUGUUGCCCGAGGUGGGUUACCUCCAGAAUGGAUAGCAACCCCACCAUGGACAGGCUGCAUGACCCAGGCAACGGUAUCAUUCUCAAAGGACGAUUGUUACUCUGCCGUUUCCGCACGGUUAAUUGAAGCUGUACUCCUUUCUGCUUGUGUCUUCAGAAAUGAAAAUUUCCAAAUCCGCCCGCAGCAGCGACCAACCAGCGACCACGUUGAUCGAUCGAGAGCAACACGGACUUCUAGAGUGCCAACAAGCAGUCCGGGCAUUAAUCGGAAAUGCCCUGUGCAUGUGGAAGAUGCUUUGAGCAACCAUGUUACGAGUCUCCUGGCCACGCUUUGUGGCAUGCACAUCUCACGAUCGCGCAAGCUUGAUGAUUUCAAAGAUACGAAUGGCACAAAGGCAGGCCACCUUAUCACUUCAGUUUGCUUUACAGUGAAGAACUAUAUGGAAACUGAACAGCUCUCCCAUAUUUGCAGACUGCCGUCUCAUCAAUUGUUGAGACGCGGUUGCAUCUUGCUGGCAGAUUGCCUGUUACAGUGCAACAAUGCAGUUUUAGCUGAUAAAACUGAGCCCUUUUUGAUCUCAACGGCAACCAUUGAAGAAUAUUCGAACGUGUUAGUGCCUCGCUCGAGUCUGAUUAAGGAGAUGGCAUUAUUUGUUCGACAGGCAUUCCGCUGUUUCAGCAGUUCGUCAAGCAAUGAGGAUACUGAUAUGAGGAGCGAAAUUCGACGCAUUGUCUCACGGCUUCCGUAUUUGACUAAAGCCCCGGGGCUAUCCAUGCUUCUCAGCCGUGUUGCUGUUGAGGCUGCCAUGGAAUUCGCAGAAGGAACUGGCGAUCCGGACGAUCAUCUGUGGGCCGUUGAGAUUCAGGAAACCACCGUUCCUCAUCAACCCCGAGCGUAUUCAAGCUCGGGGUCAGCUAGUGAAACAGAGGGUCCUGGACCAAGCAGAGGCCUCUUUCGCUGGGAAGAUGGUAUUGGCGAAUGGGUCGCUCGUACCCCGACAGUCAAAGUAAACGCAACAACGGCUGGAUCAAAGAGACGGGCUUCUGCGAUAUUCAAUACUACGCCAUGCAUUCGGGGCUCGACGGACAUCAGCUCCCCGCAGUCAGAGUGCUUUGAAAGCCUGAAUCCAGGCCUCACUUCUUCCCCAUCUUCAGUUGGGACAAAGCGGCAAAGCGACGCCCUAGAAUCCUCGCCCACCCGACCCUUCAAAAGACGACGUAGCUCCCCUCCGGUUGUGAUCAAUCAGACACUCCCCAGCGGAUCCGAAUCUCUGUCCGAUCGCUCUCCAUCAAGAUCCCCAUCCUUGGAACCACUUCCUUCUCGUCGCCGUGUUCUACGCGACAUGUCAACUCAUAUCAUUGCGAAUUCGACACGCUCUGUGCCACGCAGGCCUGCAUCCAAUCUCGAGGUAGUAAUCAUCAACAAAAAACAACCUCUGCCCGCUGCAAGGCCUGCAUCGGAGCACGUUGAGAAGCAAGUUCAUCGGUCGACUACGCGGGCAAGACCUGGACGGCCCUCACUCUCUCGUGCUCCCAGGCCGAUUAUUGUUCCUCGACGUCAAUCCGUCAUCCCUUGUCCACAGGAUGACAGCGACGAUGAGCUUAGCUUCAUCUAA